AUGUUUUUCUUAUUAUUGUUCUCGUCGAAUAAACACAUGGAAAAUACAAGAAGUCGGGUAUGCUCUACACUUGGGCAGACCUAUAAGAUAGUUGGGACCUCCCCUCUAGUUCCCGUGUUUCUGUCUCUUACAUAUUUCACAAAGGGGAUAAAGACUGGGUAUUAUACCUAUGGAAUAAUUGCAUCAGGAAUGCUUCUUGGACUAUCUCUAUAUAUAAUAGAAUAUGUAGGGAAGAAAAGAAGCGAAGAAAGCGUGAAAUCCUUGGGAGACAUGUCAAAAGGAGUUUCAAGGAUUUUAUCAGAAGCUGUCGAUGUGUUUGUAGUAGCCUCGAAGUAUACAACUCUUCUUAUUACCGUGGAUGUGUUUUUCAACGUGCUAUUUAUCUAUUUCCCGUUCUUGGAUGAAAUCAGAAAGUCUAUGGCCAUAUACAAAAUACUAUUUGGAUUAGGAUCGGCACUAGUGGGAUUAACCCUAUACGUUUUUUCGACAUUCACCAGGAAGAUGUUUCUAAUUGCCUCUGCAUCGGCAAGCAUUCUUUUUGUAACCACUGUACUGGUUGGAUAUUUCUUAGGAAUGAACUCAGCUCUCCCCAAGCCGUCGUAUUCUCAAGGAAGUAUGCUUCCGUCAUUCUUUUGGGUAACUACUAUAGCAUUUUACACAAUGGAAUUCAUAUCUGGAGGCGUGAAGAUCAUAGGAGAGUCGCAACACAACGAGAAUGGCAAGUAUGUGGCCAUCUCAGCGAUGCUGGCAGUUCCUGGAAUGUACCUAAUCCUAUUACAUUCUGCGGGAUGGAUAAGAUCUAGUUAUAAUUCUCUGGACAUUCUAAACCUCAUAUUUUCCAAGUCAUCCAAGCUAAACGUCUACCUGAGGAAAUAUACAAUUGACAAAUACUGCAUCACAACCAAGGCGAUGUGCAUAUUUGUCCCUAUAAUAUGCAUUUCAUUGUUUGUGAUACAAUUUGAUGGAUUUGUUGAAUCAUUUAAAAACCUAGUGAGUGCAGAAAGCGACAACAAGUUAUGGGUGCUGUCUCUCUUUAUGCUGAGCGUGGUGUUUAUACAGGUCUUAUUCAAUGAGAUAAUCGGCUCAUUCCACUUCUACAUGGUAUUGAUUGUGAUAGGAAUAACCCCUCUAUUAGUAUAUCAUCCAUUUAUAUGCUAUAUCUUUGCAUCUCGGAAGGUUAGGUUCUUUACUGCUGUUUGCAUCCUUGCCAUGAUAUUCACAAGUGCAACCUUAGUAGGGACCGUAAGGACUCUGAUAGACAUUCUACAGAAGAAUUAA